AUGGCCAUCAACAUUACAUUUGAGAACUCUGCUUCAUAUUUUGGAAAGAAAGUAGAACAAGCUGUUGCGCUUCGCAUUUCUGGUAACAAAUCUGCUUUUUACAAUUGUACAUUCCGUGGAGUUCAAGACACUCUAUAUGAUCACCAAGGCCUUCACUUUUUCAAAAAUUGCUUCAUAGAAGGCUCAGUUGAUUUCAUCUUUGGUUUUGGAAGGUCCCUAUAUGAGGAAUGCACUCUAAAUUCAAUUGCUAAGAGCAUAGGAUAUAUUACUGCUCAAAAGCGAUCAAAUUCAUCGUUAGAUACUGGAUUUUCUUUUAAAAAAUGUACUGUCAAAGGUACUGGACAAGUUUAUCUAGGAAGACCAUGGGCAGAAUAUUCGAGAGUCAUUUACUCUUACACCUAUAUGAACGAGAUUGUUCUACCUAAAGGAUGGGAAGAUACUAUGAAUGGAACACACUAUCCCAAAACAAUAUACUAUGGUGAGUAUAAAUGUAGCGGACCUGGAUCCAAUGUUUCCGGAAGAGCUCCAUGGGCACGAAAUCUAACAGAUGAAGAGGUUAAGCCAUUUCUUGAAAUUGAUUUUAUUGAAGGAGAAACUUGGCUUAUCAACCCUAAUUAA